AGGGCUGAGGUGAAGAUGGAAAUAGCUUUGCUCUUUGUUCUUUUUUUACUUAUUACUUGUAAGGAUUCAUGAAUUUACGAGUUUAUUUUUAAAGCAGAUUUUGUUUUAGAUUUACUCAGUAAAAUACAUGUAGCCCUGUGCUGCCCUUUUGAUUAUAAAGUCACAUGACUGGAAUUCUCCUUCGCUCUCUGAUACGGAAGAGACGACUUGCCGAGGUUUAGAUGAGAAACGUAGAUGAACAAUUUACUGUCAGUUAAAUGACUUGUAGUUUUGUUGGAUUAAAUAACAAGCUGUUAGUAUGAGUGAACAACUAAAAAACACUCUUGAUUGGGACUGGACUGCGACUGUCCCUCUGCAGCACCUGUCUUUAAUCAUGCACAGCAUCCUACCCCCAGCACACCUGAAGCCAAAUCCACACCUGGAAGCACAGGUACAAGAGUUGAUCAGCACUAAGACAACAGACAGCUCAUUGGAGUUGAUUGGCAAUGCAUUUGAAGGGAUAAUCUUUCCAACCCUCUGCCGCAGAUCAGAUGGUAAAGUGUUUAUUGAUAACCCAUCCUCACCCCUGUCGUUGGUGGUGUUGAAUGAUCGUUCCGUUGGGAAAGAAGGUGGCGACAGACAGCUCUAUGCUCAUUUCCAGAACAAUGGAGUACAUCCUGGUUUUGUGAGGUUAACCAAGCUGGAUCCAGACAGAUUCACGGCACCAGUAGCAGGCAAUCAUUUUGUGUCCGCAGAGAAGAUAUCUGACAUGCGUAUCAACUCCCAUGUCUCUCAAGAUAAGCAGUGCCUUGUAUAUUCAGACCAUACUGAGCUGGAUCUACAGCAGAUUCUUAAUCGCCAGACGAUUGCAUUCCCUUGUCCUGAGUGGCCUUCAGAAGCAGAAGCAUGGAGGAAGCGACAAAGAAAGUCAAAAUGGCCAUCACAAGAUCUGGUAGAAGAAAUUGUGAAGAGUGGCUGCCAUGUAAUCCCAGGUGCCCAUCCUAGCAGCAAAAACAGAGAAAUUGAGUGGGGAUUUUCAUUUGCUUCUGCACAGAAGAAGCUGGCACAGACAUUCACACCAAGUCAGCGCCAUUGUUUCCUGCUCUUCAAAAUGUUGUACUAUGACUACCUGGACCUGCCCACUUUCAUCACCCCUGACCACCUGCUAACCCUGUUUCUGUGGGAGUGUGAGAAGAUUCCACAAGAGGAGUGGGCGGGUCUCAACAUAGCGACCAUAUUCCUGGCCCUGAUUGAUAAGCUACUGUAUGCUGUGAUAGAAGGAGAGUUGUCAGAUUAUUUCAUUCCAGAGUAUAACACCAUUGAUUUUAUUCCUGAAGAUUUUGAGUUUCAUCUGAUGGAUAAGAUCAGCCGAUUGCGGCAGGAUCCUCUGACACAUUUGCUGAACUUUGCUAGCAUCUACAGAUUUUCGUUCUCACCCUCAGAAGAGUGGAAGACUUUAUCCAAACCACUUCUAGAAGACAUACAGGAGCUGCAUGAGGAUCAGAGUAGGUCUACAGUAAAGGCUUUCCUGCCAUUUGCAGACAAAUUAGCAGCUUGUUUCUUAAAAGAAACCAAGGAUAAGGAAGUGUUGCAUGCCUACCAGUUUAUUGCUUCAGUGUUUUUGCAGGGAAGACUCCGUGUUUUGGAUCUUUUCUCAAGUGCACAUCAGCGUGUUGGAGAAGACCUAAACCUUUGCAUACAGUUAAUGGAACUCAGCAAACGAGAAUUUCCGGACAACAAGCACAUGUAUAGUCUUUUGGGGAACCUUGGUUGUAUGUAUCACAGUCUGGCAAACAGGUCACCUGCUGGAUCAGAAAAAAGAGAGAAGAUGUUAAAGAAAGCAGAAGAGCAGUUUGGUCUAGCCUUAGCCUGUCCAGAAGCCUCUGGUGCCACUAGAAUGGACUACUGCAACUUCCUCUGCAAUGCCAGAGGACAGUAUGUUGAUGCCAUUCCGGAUCUGCUGAGGAUUAUUGAAGCAGAAAAGGAAAGGCCACAAUCUGGAAACGCAUAUGACAGUGCAGAGGUGGGAAAUGUUGAUGAAAACCUCCAGUUAGAGAUCCAGGCCUCUGAAACAAACAGUGUAACAGUAUUGUCUGUUAUGUAUGCUUUUUACAUGCUCAUCAAGGCUUACCUGCAAAUAGGAGAAGAUGAACCUGCCUUGGCAACCCUUAAAGAGUUCCAUGAUUGUGUCCAUGGAAUCCUUAGAGAGAAGAUUACAGAUGUUGAAGAAAUUGCCAUUUCAUUUAAUCUUCUUGGAUACAGUUACAUGAGGCUGGCUGACAAGGAUGGUUAUAAGAAAGCAGAAGCUGCCUUUAAUAUGGCGCUGACAUGUAAGCCAAAUUAUGCAUUAGCGGAAGAAAAGAGAGAUGAGUGUAAGGCAUUAGUAUUGUCACUAAUUGGACCAGACGAACAGGAAGAAGUCGAGGAAGAAGUUAUCCCACACAAAGAUGGUGAGCCGGAGCCAGGUGCUCAGUCAAGUGGAUGCCAAACUGGGUGCAAUAGUGAAUCUGCCAAUGCUCAACAAGAGGAAGUAUUGGAUUUAGUUCAAACUCUUCUGGGUGAUAUGAUAUAUGAUCUGGAUUAGUUUGCAAACGACAAUUAAUUCCGCAACAUGAAAAUAAGGACAUGGAAAAAAGGAAUGAAGUCAAGUGAAAAAAAAAACAGUGCCAUCAGUGACGUACUGCUAAGUACUGAGGUCUUAAUUACCAGGGACUGCGACCCAUUUUACAAGUAUAAAAUGUGAUUUAGAUCACGGGACUGCACAUAAAUAAUUUGUUUCCCUAAAUCUUCUAAGUUGUUGUACGUGGCUAAUAAGUAGAACAUAAAAUGUGGAAGUUUUCAAUCGAUCCAGCCCUUGCAAGCGUGCUUUUUUUCUCCCAUUUGUAUCAACUUUUGAUACCUCGGUCGUUUUCAUUCAACAUUGAAGUACUCAUUCACAAUAAAAAGUAUCUUUCCGAAUUGGAAAAUUUUGCUGAAACUUUUCUUCUAAGUGGAUUAUUAUAUUUCUUGAGCUUCAGACUUCUGAUGAAAACUCUUUUCUACUGUGUUAUUGCUAUUGUAAAAUUGAGAUGUUUUGAAAAGCGAAACGAAAGAAGUUGAGCUUUUUGUGCCAUUGUGUCCAAUAGUUAUCUUAGAGGUUACAUUUAUAUGCAGAAAGAAAUAUCCCCUUGUUUGGGAACAUAAGUGA